GUCUUGAGGGAGGAGGUUGCAUUCCCACUGGCUUGUUUUUUAUUCGCGGGUUGAGACUCAGCCCGUAGGUCUGCAGAUCGGUCCUCCACCGAGUUUAAGUUGUGAAAUAUGAGUUGGCAAGUAAGAUCAUCCAGAUCUAGAGGAAGAAGAGAUAGUCAAAAGUCUUCCCAGCUGGUUGGACCUGUGGUUGCCAAGCAACCCAUUGAUGAACUACCUGAAGAAGAGCUACCACCAAUCCAAAGUCAGGAUAUUUCCUCUGGUCAAGAGGAAGAUGAAGGAGCAUCUGCAGUUAAAGGGCUUGACCUAGAAGCUUUUCAAAAGGAACUGGCUUAUCCGAAGAUUGGGGGUGAACGUGGAGAUCGUCCUGAUGUCAGGGGGAAGAUGCUUCCAAAUCUAGAGCCCAUUAAAAUGCCAGAAGCAGGUGAAGGGCAACCACAGGUUUAAAUGAAGACAAGGUGAAGCCAUGCAGGCUGUUGUUCUGGUGGAAAUAUGACUUAAAAUUCUCUCA